AUGCCGGCAAAAAUGUCACAGUUUGUAGCCCAAGAUCAGAUACGAGUAUUUGAUACCGAACAGCAAUUCACGAUUUGUGGUCCAGUCGUACUUCCUAAAGAAGGAGAGGUAGAUGCCUGGGGAGAAAUUGAUGAACACACAAAGUGUGGGGACGUUCUUUAUUGUCGAUUUACCAUCACUGUUGCCUCGACUACUCAAAAACCAACUCAUUUCCUAGAUACGUUCUAUGCUGAGGCAUAUGAAAAACUCUUUUUCCCAGAAUUUUUUAUUACCGAGCAGCCACGUAACUGGAAUGCAAUCGCUUAUCUCCUGCAGUUUGUACAAAAAAAUCCUACGAUUCCCACUCGAAGCGGAAACAAAGCUCUCGCACAAGAUACCAAAAUAAUGCAAGCUUAUGUUAUUUCUGGUACAAUAGCAGAUACAAUGCUGCGCCAAAUGGAUAAUGCUUUAAAAUCCGCAAAAGGAAAAUCAGCUAUCAAGGAGUUUUGGAAAAACUCUGCUUCUAUUGCUUCAACUUCUAUUAGCUAUGAAACAUCCAAGUAUCGAUUACAUGGACAAAUGGCCGAAGAGAUUGUCAAUAAUGAUGACACUGAAAACACUCCUAACAGUGGUGAAGAAAAAGAAGACGAAAAAGAAGACAACAAAGAAAUCGACGAUAUCUGGGAAUCCUGGAAAAUGCUAUUGAAAACAAUAAGGAGAUCCACUGUUUUGUCGGCUUUAAGUAAACAAGUUCUUCGCAGACCCGUACUCCCUGUAAUUUUUUUCCGAGAACUAAACAAUCAAGUUCUAAAUAUCACAAUGCAACUAGUUGAUUGUGCUCUCAAACCGGUGUUAUAUGACGCACUCAAUACAUCACGUGCUUGGGCAAUAGCCAUUUUGGCAGGACAGCCUGGACAGCCUGGAAAUAUUUUACGACACUUUAGUCACGAGUUUAGACAGAUGACUCAGAUUUAUGAGGACUAA